AUGUCUGGAAAGCAUCGUCACCUAUCAUCCGUUGCCGCAACUAUAGGAUCCUCAAAGAGUAUCCCCCCUCACGCCACCCAAGUUGUGAGCCACACGCCAACCCCAUGCCACACUCGGUCCUCACGGCUCCGCCAUCCGAUUCAGCAGCUGUCCAAGGCCGAUAUCGAUAUUAGAGCUUUUAUACAGGUCCUAUCCCAGCCUAAAUUGUCCCAGCCAACCCUCACCACACCACCCUCUGCACCCUCCUUUGUCCGUGUAAGCACUCUUGCCUUACUCGAUGAGCAGGACGAGGGUCGCCGUGCGCCUGUCCAGGAGCACCACCACCGACUCAUCCGGUAUGCCCACGACGGACACCUUAUCCUACGGGAGAUGGCGCGUUGCCAGGGCCAGUGCUGGACAUACGUGAUUCGAUUUACCGCUCUGGCUUAG